UAUCAUCAGCAGCACAACCUCAGCUCAGACUCACUAUACCAAGGACUGAUAAGCAUUGGAACGAACACCUCAAGCGGAGGUUUGAGCUAAGUCUAUUUAAAUCUCGACCAGGUCGCGGGAGCGACGGGAGAACAACCCCCGCGCAAUAGCGGGGCCAUCCUUCGCCAUGACGUUCCGGUCCAGCUUAGCAGACACUCCCCUCCUCAAGGUGUCUCGACCAGUAUCUGCAUGUUCAAGGUGCCGUUCUGCCAAAGUCAAGUGUGACAACAAGCUACCGGCAUGUACUGCUUGCGAGAAGGCAGGCCGUGAGAAGGAGUGUACUGCUGCCAAUGACCAGUUUGCUCGAGGAAAAGAGAGAAGCUACGUCGCUGCACUGGAGCUCAGGAUAGAAAAGCUAGAAAGGAGGCUCAGUUAUGCUUGCUCCACGAACGCCUCGAUAGCCCUGCAUGGCCCUGAUGAGCCUCCAGCUGCUGACCCCAACCGGAAAGAUUCACUUGCCUUUAUCCGGGCUGCCAUCCACCGAAAGGCUGCCCGGACCCAGGAAAAUGCCGACAUCAACGCCCUGGUGUCAGACUUUGGCUACUUAGCCGUUAAUACCACCACCCGCGAUUUCGAGCCGUCGGAAUCGAACAUGACCUUCGCACGUCUAGUGCUUGCGGCUGCAACAAACGAGCCCGUUCCGGAGCCCAAGUCAACGAGCCUCCCUGCGGAAUCGACCGCGAGGGCCCUUGUUCAGUUCUACGAAACCAGCAUUCUACCCCUAUACCCAGCAUUUCCUGCAACAAUGCUUCAUGCGUUGGUCAGCGAUCUCUAUCAGGAACACCCGCGACAGAUCAGGAGUUCGGAAUAUUGGUUGUUCUGGAUGGUUCUUGCCAUCAGCUCCGCUGCACAAAGCCGGAGCCGUGAGGAUGAGCAUUACCUGAAUGGGGUCGAGUUCGUGGGGCGCGCAUUGCCGCACGCCGACAGAGCCCUUCGGCCAGGUUACGGGACCCAGGUCCAGUCUCUGUUACUCCUCACACAGUAUUCGAUGCUUGACCCUGCCCACUUUGACAGCUGGCAUCCGAUAGGUUUUACCUGCCGUGCCGUCGUCGACCAAGGUUUGCACCAGGAUCCGCCGCAUACCCAACAGAUUAGCCCUGCCGCUUUGGACGAGCGCCGGAGGAUCUUUUAUUGCGUCUACGCCCUGGACAGAGCGAUCAGCAUGGUCCACGCCCGUGGCUUCUCCUUUUAUGACGAUGCCGUCUCCGUGGCACUGCCCUCGUCGACUCUGGCAAGCGGCACGCUCUCGGGCCUCUCAAUGUCGAAACCGCCAGCAGACCCGUCUAUCCCACUGUUCAAGCUCCGCCAGUUGCAAUCAGCUUGGUAUCAGACGCUAUACCAAGGCAACCCGACAGAAUCCCUUCCAGACGCCACUUCGUUCAUUUGGCAAAAAUGCUUCGAGAUGUGGGAGUGGUCCGAGAGGCUACCAGUCGAUAUGUCGGCCCCGAUCCGUGAGAUGCUUGAUCUGGAGCUUCGUUACAGCUACGUCUACUGUAUCGCUUCCACCGCCAGGGGUGCUCAGGUCUCGGCUUAUGGAAAGCUGUUGAUCUUCGACCACGUCAUCGCGUACGUUGAUAAGAUGUACGACAUCGCCAACCUGGCUGAUAAGGCGGCUUUUUAUACGUAUCACGACGCCCUCAGGGUUUUCUUCAUGGGCUCGCAAUUCGUUGCCGUGCUACGGGAAAUUGGCGAUCUGCUUCUGUCGGGGUCUUCCAUUCCGGUUCCCCCUCCGGCCCCUGGCAAAGUGUCGCCUCCUCUGCGGCCGGUGAGGCUUGAUAGGGGUACCGGUGACACCUUGGAUCGCAGCUUGCGAUGUUUGGAGAGAAUCAAGCUCACCCUGAGGCUGUUCGGCAACAGAUGGGAACAAGCAUUGUCCCUGAUGGACAGCUUUGAAAUCAUAUCUGGUGAGGUGUGGAAGGAUUUCACGACAAGAAGAGCUGUCAGAGAUGCGACUACCACUGGUCAAUGGCAACAGAUGCCGCAUGCUUGAUUGGAGCAAUCCUUUGCCCAGUUGAACAUCGCCGUCUCAGCCUUCGCCCUAGACACCUCGACGGUACAAAAUGACGUAGCAUGCAUGGCCAUCGAUUUUGAUUUGAACAAUUACGCAAUACAGCUUCACCCCAUGUCCCCGUGUCCCGGACAGACACAGCUACUCGUGUGCAAGAUUGGCAGAGGCGGGAACUCCUCCACUCGCUACGCGAAGUUAGUGUUGGCUUACUACCCUGAUUCCUCGAAGGGGUU